CCCCGCCGCGGAGCCCCGGCCCGGCCUCGGGCGGCCGCCACCACGCCGCGCGCCGUACUCCGCGUCAAGAAUGGGGCGGCCAAGCUGCCCAAGCCGGCCGCCGCCGCCGCCGCGGCCGAGGCGCCCGGCGCCGGCGCGGGCAUGCAGCGCUCGCAGAGCCGCCUCAGCCUGUCCGCCUCCUUCGAGGCGCUCGCCAUCUACUUCCCGUGCAUGAACUCCUUCGACGACGAGGAUGCGGGACCUCAGGAGUCUCUAGGAUGCGAGGUCUUCUCGCCUCCCACCGCCCCCAGGGACUCCUGGAUCAUCUGCAUUCACUCCUUUUCCUCAGGGGACAGCCGGAGGUUGAAGGGGGCCAUCCAGAGGAGCACAGAGACAGGCCUGGCGGUGGAGAUGCCCAGCCGGACACUGCGCCAGGCCAGCCACGAGUCCAUUGAGGACAGCAUGAACAGCUACGGCUCCGAGGGCAACCUUAACUAUGGGGGAGUUUGCCUGGCGUCGGACGCCCAGUUCAGUGACUUCCUGGGCAGCAUGGGGCCAGCACAGUUUGUGGGCCGCCAGACCCUGGCCACCACGCCGAUGGGGGACGUGGAGAUCGGCUUGCAGGAGCGGAACGGUCAGCUCGAAGUGGACAUCAUCCAGGCUCGGGGACUGACGGCCAAGCCAGGCUCCAAGACACUGCCAGCGGCCUACAUCAAGGCCUACCUGCUGGAGAAUGGCGUCUGUAUUGCCAAGAAGAAGACCAAAGUUGCUCGCAAAUCGCUGGACCCACUGUAUAACCAGGUGCUGCUGUUUCCCGAGAGUCCCCAGGGCAAAGUCCUGCAGGUGAUCGUGUGGGGGAACUAUGGGAGAAUGGAGCGGAAGCAGUUCAUGGGUGUGGCCCGAGUACUGCUGGAGGAGCUGGACUUGACCACCCUGGCCGUGGGCUGGUACAAGCUCUUCCCCACCUCCUCCAUGGUGGACCCAGCCACAGGCCCCCUGCUCCGGCAGGCAUCCCAGCUGUCCCUUGAGAGCACCGUGGGGCCCUGUGGCGAGAGAUCUUAGUGCCGGGGAGGGGGAGGGGCUCCCCGAGAUGGUCUGGAGACCGCCCAGCCCCGACCUGGGACCCCAGGCCCAGGGGCACAUUGAACAGAGGAGGAUGGGGUUCUCCCCCUUAGCGGGGAAGCAGAACGGGGAGACCUGCCCCCCCAGGGCCCCUCCUCACCCCUUCUUUGCCUCCUACCCUCUGAGACCUUCCCUCUCCCGAUGGGAUUGGCUGCACUUUUGACUUGGCCGGUUCUUUACCUGGUGGAUGUGGCUGCAAUCCGGAGAAAGGAAAGACCUAGGUGGCAGAGCAAACCAUCCUCCUGGCCCAGACACUGUCCGACCGCUCCCCCUUUUUGCCUCCUUGGAAGCUCGCUGCCCGGAGCCAAGUCCAGAACCCAGCGGCCAUCUCCAUGGUGCCAAUUACCAGCAAGUGUCUUUCCUGCGGCACCGGGUUCAGGCAGCUACUCCUGCCCCAGAGCUAAUGGGGCAGCUUUGCAAGGAUCCGGAGCCAGCUCCGGGGGGCCCUCAAGCCCCCGACUUGAAGAGGAGCUCAGGCCUCCCUCCACCUGCCCGUGGAAGGAGCUUUGCCGCAGCCUGUUCGAGUCCAUCUGUCUGUCCCCUGCCUGCACCUCUUCUUGUGGCUCUAGGACUUAGGGUCCAGCAGGGACCAGAGGAAAGGAGGGGGUGCCCGGGGCCUGGCAAAGACCCCCAGGGUACCUCCCUCUGUGGGAUUGCCUCAAGCUAGUUUGCAAACCGUUGGUGGAGUGGAAAGAACUCUUGUCAUCUGUGUUUAGGCAGAGGAGCUGUGGGACCCCGAUUUUUGAGAACCCCAUCCUCAGAGAGCUCACCAUCUCUGAAUUUUGGGGAUGCUGGAUUGGAGAGGGAGUCUGAGGACAGCUGGGAUUGGAACUGGUGGUGCCAAGGUGAGGGUUUCCCAAGUGGGAGAAUUCCUCCUUGUUGGAUAAGGCCAAAGGUUAUCUUGUCUGGCCCUCUGCCUCCAGGCUAAGGGUCUGGGGAGGCAACAGAGCGCCCUAAUUUUAGUCUUUUUAAACAAACCAUCCUGUACUAAGGGCAGAACCCUCUCCCUGGCCUCAGUGACCUUGGCUCAAGGAGAGAAAGAGAGUGCGGAGAGGCAUAAGUGUGAGAAUGGGAGAUUCCUUCUCUAACAGGCCUGGGAGCUGCCUUCCCUGCCAGGCCCUCCCCCGGGCCUUCAGGAGCCCUUCUGCAUGCUGGGGAGGACGCAGGCUGCCCCUCUCUGUAGAAGCACAUUUCUGCCACCUCCCCUGGGAGGCACCCAGCCGCCUGCUACCCACACCCCCUAUCAUUACCCAGUCCUGCUCUGUAGGGCGUAGUCCUGGUUAGCCAGGUAGGCUUAGUGUGCCAGGCCCUGGGUCUAGUCUUAGUUCACAUAGAGUCCUUACAGAGUCCCUGGACAGGGGUGAGGGGAGAUGGAGUCCAUUCCAGGAGUUGGCCUUCUCCUCGCUGGCCUGGCCUGGGCCUGGGCCUGGGCCUGGAGCGGGAGCCUGGUUCACUUGGAGGCUGGCCCCUCCCCCUCCUCCCCUUCCUCUCCCUCCCCAUGUAGGGUUGUAGCCAGAGCUGCCCAUGAUACUCAGAUAUUCUGAUUUAUUACCCUUGGUACUGAUUUUAUUUAAGAAGCACUCCUGAGGAUGUGGGCCUUGGCGGAGGGGGCCUGGGCUCCAUCAGGGGAGGUGGUUUUGCACUGAGGAUGCCCAGCCGUGUUGAGUCCCACCCUGUCCCCAGGCCCCCUCUAGGGUCUUGACCAGGUGAUUCCUUCCACCUGGAACUCCCCCCUCCCCUUAGCCUAUUUGAGCCAUGGGCAUCCUUUAAAGUUCCAGAUGAGUUGUAGCACCCUCAUGAUCCAGGAGGCCUUGAGGCCUCCCUGGGCUUGUGGUGGCUGGAGUCCCAAGGCUGGGGGGGGAGGCUGUGGGGCUCUGGAGGCCCAGAAUCAGCCCCUCCCCCGUGCGUUUUUUUUUAAACCAGUGUGAUUUCUCUGCCGUUCGUUUAUUACUCACCCUUCGGAAUAUUUGGAGCCAGGAGAGCGCCUUCUCUCUCCAGCUGUCACUGCUCUGGGAGUUCAGGGGUAGCUUUUCAAAGACGGGGCGGAGCCUGGCUCUGUCAACCAGAGGGAGCGGGGGUGCGGUCUGUGCACCCCAGCCUGAGUCCGCCCUCCGCCUGGGUCUGCCCUCGGGUGUCUGCACAGCCUGUAUAAAGAGAGAGAGCGCGCUCCAAAGCAAUAACAUCCAGAGGGUGGUCACCGAGGGCCCCCCUCAAUGACUUUCUUGUUUGUUCUGUGACUUCUCAGCUCACCUCCUGGAGGGGUGGGCGGGGUGAGGGCUGGAGCCCUCUUUCUUUGUAUCAUCCUUGUUAGCACAUGGCCGCCCUCCAAGGGGCUCCGACCAUUUGGCGUGGGAAUCCCUGUCUGUCCUCACCAAGGGACGGGGGUUUGGGGAGGGGGUGACUAUUCCCAUUAAUAGCUUUGGGGAACCUUCAAGCCCGCUCCUGUCUGAUCCUUUGCCAGCGCAAACUCCCCCAUUUGGAGAAGAGCAGGAGUUGGGGGGAUUAGGGGUGGGGGGGCUGGGGUCUCUAGGGGAUAAUUCUUUUUUCAAUCUCUGGGCCAAAGGUCACGUGCAGGGGUAUGGUGGGAGGGAGUCCUCUCCACUUUCCUUCUCCAGAGCCUUCCUGUCACACUGAAGGGAAAGGGGCUUUGGGGUCAUUAGUGAAAUUGUUUCCAUUUUACAAAGAGAUCAGGCCUCUGGGGUCACCUGAGUUUAUAGCACCCCCAGCCUGGGCCUCCUCCUCCCACCGGAGGCUGGGCUGGAACCAGGGCAGGACCAGAUGGGGCCGUCAUUUCCCACGAUACUUCCUCUGCCCUUCUCUUUGGCCUUCUCCCAGGGGCCUUGAAAAGAUGGGCAGUGCCGAUGGUAGCCCAUCUGAAGAGGGGAGGAAACUGAGGCUUAGAAUCAGUAAAUGGCUUGCCCGAGACGAGACCCCUCAGCAAGCGAGCAGUGAGGCCAAAACGGGGGCUCCACUGUCUCUCCUCCUUCAUGGGACAGAAGACCGUUGCUCCAGGGCACAACUGCCAGAAUAAGUAUCUGUGACAUGUAAGCCCUGGGCCACCCAGCGCUGCUUGGUUCCUUCCCGAUUGGGCCAGUAACUUUUCUGGGCCUGGGUUUGGGGGUUAGGGUUGCCAUAGAGACCUCGCUCUCCUGGGGGUCUGGCCUGACUAACUGAGGCUGUGCAGGAUUUGGUCCAAGUCUAAGUGGUUGGAGGGGUGCCGCCAAGGGGCCACAAGCCCUCCGGAGCCAACCUGAGGGAGGCAAGACACCACUUCCUCCCUGGGGGGGUGUGGGAGUGAGGUGGCUGUGGUACACCUCAUCUUAAGGAAAUCCUCACCAGACCUUCAGAUGUAAUAACACCUGAUCUUCCUGUAGUGCUUUUCAAACUUUUUUUUUGUUUUCAAAAGCUUUUACCUCACGUGUACCCUCACAAGAGGCCCUGGGCAGUCGACGGGGGCCUGUGUUAGCAGCCCCAUUUUACAGAAGAGGAAGCUGAGGCCCUGGGAGGGGAAGGCACCCGCUAAGGUCCCACGGUGAGCUGGUGGCUGGGCCCGGAUGAGAACUCAGUUCUCCAACAGUUCAGAGCUCUUCCUUCGACAGGGGGUGAGGCAGAGAGUUGAGGUCAUGCACUUUACAAGCUGACCUACCAUCCAGCUCCUUACAUCAAGAGCUCAUGGGCACACCUUAGCGUUCAGAGGCACCUCUGAGCCCUGCUGCCCUCGGAGCACAGCUGUUGCGUCAGGCAAGGCCACCUGCAUUUAUUUAUUGAGCAGCAGCCCUGUGCCAGGCCCAGGGGAUGGGGGCGCCCCACCCCAUCCCCCAUUGCCCUGUGAUGACGCCCUCGGGCUCUGGGAGGCCCCGUGUCUGUACAGCAGCACCUCCGAGUGGACGGGAAGCUUUCCUGUCCUUGAGCUCAUCUGACUCACAAACCCUGUCGGGGAGGCGCUGACUGUGCCAAUUUGACUCAUAGCUUCUGGGAGGGCAAAGUGGAGACUUGAACCCGGGGCCUCAGGUGUCACCUCUGGAUCCCUUUUACUCUACCACUGCCUUCUGAGGGGGUGGCAGGAAGAUAGGACCCCUGGUCCUCAGGCCCACUCUCUACUCACGCAUCUUUCCCCCCUUCCCUUUCUGGGAGCAGGAGCCCCUCAGGCUUAUGGGGGAGGGAGGGUUUCUUGGGCCCCUGGGUUGGAGUGGGUCACGUUGCAUUGUGUUCAUGACCAUGUAGCUCAUGUUGAAAAUUAAAGU